AUGUCUACAAAUUUUAAAUGUCUAUAUUGUGAUCGUUAUCUUUCAUCCCGAAAUGCAUACUCCCAACAUGUAAAAGAUUGUAAAGAACGUUAUACCAGUACAGAAGAAUCUAAUGAUAAUAUAUCAAGUAUUGUCUCAAGUAUAAAUGAUAUGUCAUUUGAUAGUGAUGAUUUUAGUAAUAUAGAAGAAUUACAAAGUAUUCGAGAAGAAAACCAACAACCUGUAUCUGAAAUUUCUUAUCAAUUUGAAAGUGAUUCAAGUUAUGCUGGUGAUAUUUCUUUUGGUGGAAUAUCACAUUUGAGUAAUAUUCCAGAAGAAUUGAGUAAUUUUGAAGAAAGUUUACAAAACUAUACAGAAAAAUCUGAUACUAAUAAGAUUUAUUCAAAUAUGAUUCCAGAAGAAUUUGAAAAUUUUGAUCAAAUUUUGUCUAAAAGAGGAUUACACAAAACUCCAACUGCUUUUAUCUACUCUUCAAAAUUAUUUGACUUUAAACUUUCAGAAACUUCAGUAUUUCUUGAAGAACAAAAAAAGAAUUUAGAUUUAAAUGAAAAUAUGAUAAAAGCAUUUGAUCACUUUAUUAACUGUUUGGAUUUAUUUUUUGAUGAGUUAGAUAUUACUUCAGCUGAAGAUU